AUGGUUGAUAGGCCCUUGGCAUUACUCUGCUCUUUCCUGGUAAAACACCAUGGUCGAGCGUUUGUCGUAGCAGACAAUUCCAAUAAUGAGGUCCAGCCAGAGCUUCCCAGUAACGAUCUUCAACGGGGCGUGCGAGAUGUUGAGGCGGUAACAUUAUCAUGGUCCAAGGCAUCACUGAUCGCAGUGUUCGCAAACAUAUGGCUACUCUACUUCGUCAAUGCAAUGCAGAACAGUACUCUCGGCAAUUUGAUCCCUUAUGUCACCAGUGCUUGGGAGUCUCACUCCCUUUUGAACGUUAUUUCAAUUGUCGCAAGUUCUAUGUCCGCAGCAACAUUUAUCCCAUUGGCUAAAAUCAUGGAUACUUGGGGUCGAGCAGAGGGCUUCCUCUUGAUGGCCGUUUUUUGUACCUUGGGACUAAUAAUUAUGGCGACAUGCAAUGACCUUCCGACCUUCUGCGCUGCAAAUGUCUUUUAUACCAUUGGGUUUACUGGUAUUACCUAUUGCGUUGACGUGAUCACAGCCGAUGCAUCCAAACUGAAAAAUCGAGGUUUAGCAUAUGCCUUCACCUCCUCCCCUUAUAUCAUCACUGCCUUUGCUGGCCCCUCCGCAGCCGACCGCUUUUACGAUAUUAACUGGAGAUGGGGCUUCGGUUGCUGGGCAAUUAUUUUCCCCGUUGUGGCUGCACCUCUAUAUUUCAUCUUGAAAUUCAAUCUGCAGAAGGCCAAAAAGGCCGGAAUUUUACACGAUGAAAAGAGCGGCCGGACAUUGUUACAGAGUAUCUGGCAUUAUAUCAUAGAAUUCGAUGCAAUCGGUGUGAUACUAUUCUCUACCGGGCUUACUGUAUUUUUAUUGCCAUUCACUAUUGCCAAUAGUGCCCCUAAUGGCUGGGACACAGGGUACAUUAUUGCCAUGAUUGUUGUCGGAGUCGUCAUGCUUUUCAUCUUUAUUAUUCACGAAACCUUUUUGGCUCGAGUACCGAUGUUCAACUUUGAAUUUUUAUCCGAUCGAACUGUGAUCGGUGCCUGCCUAUUAGACGCAACCUAUCAGCUUUCCUAUUACUGCUGGAACAACUUAUUCGGCUCUUUCUUGCAGGUUGUCAAUGACCUGAGCAUCGCCGAGGCUGGGUAUGUCGGGAAUACUUUUGACGUGGUUUCUGGUGUGCUCUUAUUGUUCGUGGGCUGGCUCAUUCGGAGGACUGGACGCUUUAAGUGGCUCUUGUAUAUCGCCGUGCCACUCUACAUCUUUGCGCAGGGAUUAAUGAUUUACUUCCGUCGCCCCAACCAAUCAGUUGGUUAUCUUGUCAUGUGUCAAAUCUUCAUCUCUAUUGGCGGUAGUAUCUUUAUCAUUGUCGAACAGCUCGCCAUUUUAGCUGCCGUCGACCAUCAGCAUGUCGCUGCUGCGCUCGCCUUGUUGAAUGUCGUUGGCACUGUCGGCGAUGCUAUGGGCUCAACUAUUUCUGGCGCAAUCUGGACAAACACAUUUGAAAAUGCUCUCGAGCGUUAUCUUCCUGCUUCAGCCCUCCCUGAUAUUGACAAGAUCUACGGGGAUCUUCCCACACAACUGAACUAUACAGUCGGAAGCCCAACUAGGCUUGGGAUCCAAGAGGCAUACGGAUAUGGUCAGACUAGAAUGCUUGCUGCGGGAACCGCCAUUAUGGGUUUGGCAAUUGUUUGGACCUUGAUGAUUCGCAAUAUUGACCUUAAGAAAACUCCACAGGUCAAGGGCAUGGUCUUUUAA